AUGGAGCUUUUAGAAGUAUUAAUCCUUUUUGUGGUAGCGUGUCUGACCAUCUUUGUUGCGCUGGUAAAGCGAUUCCAAUAUUGGAAGGAUCGCGGCGUACCGCAAUCCAAACCGCACCUCAUCUUUGGCAACAUGCGGGAAGUGAACAAGACGCUCCAUAUAGCGGAAGGGCUACAGCAACUGUACAACGAGCUGAAGGGAAAGCAUCCCGUCGGUGGAUUCUAUAUUUUUACGAAACCCGUUGCCCUCAUCACCGACCUCGAGCUGUUGAGAUGUGUUUUUGUGAAGGACUUUGAGUACUUCCACGAUCGCGGUACGUACUACAACGAGCGGGACGAUCCACUGUCGGCGCAUCUGUUCAACAUCGAGGGGCUGAAAUGGAAGACGCUUCGAAACAAAAUAUCGCCCACGUUUACGUCCGGCAAGAUGAAGAUGAUGUUCCCGACGAUCGUGGCGGCUGGCAAGCAGUUCCGGGACUUUAUGUGCGAGGCUGUGCGGGAUGAGGCCGAGUUUGAGCUGACCGAUGUGUUGUCUCGCUUCACGACGGAUGUGAUUGGGACGUGCGCGUUCGGUAUCGAGUGCAACAGUGUGCGGAAUCCGGACGCAGAGUUCCGCGUGAUGGGGCGCAAAAUCUUCCAACGAUCGAGGGGACUCGUGCGGCUCGCGUUGACGAACGUGCUACCGAAUCUGGCGAGAAAGCUCGGAAUAACAGUGAUCGAGCAUGAUGUGGCCGAGUUUUUCCUGAAUGCCGUACGCGAGACGAUCAAGUAUCGGGAGGAGAAUAAUGUCCAGCGAAACGACUUUAUGGACAUUUUAAUUCGACUGCGCAGUAAGGAGGACACGCAGUCCGAUGGCGAAACGUUCACCUUCAACGAGAUAGCGGCGCAAGCGUUCGUGUUCUUUCUGGCCGGGUUCGAAACGUCGUCAUCUCUUAUGGCGUUUACACUGUACGAGUUGGCCACGAAUCAAGAAGUGCAAGAAAAGGGACGACGUUGCGUGGAAGAAGUUCUUGACCGUCACAAUGGAGAAUUAACGUACGAAGGUGUAUUGGAGAUGCAUUAUCUGGAGCGAAUUCUUAAAGAAACCCUCCGGAAGUAUCCUCCGAUUUCGGUUCACUUCAGGCAAACUUCGAAGCGCUAUCACGUCCCAGGGACGGAUACAGUGCUCGAUGCUGGCAGCUCCGUCAUGAUCCCGGUGCUGGGAAUUCAUCGUGAUCCGGAACACUUCCCCAAUCCCGACCGGUUCGAUCCGGAUCGGUUCACGGCGGAGCAGGAAGCGAAGCGUCAUCCGUACGCCUGGACACCGUUCGGCGAGGGUCCUCGGAUUUGCGUUGGCCAGCGGUUCGGGCUGAUGCAGGCCCGUAUCGGACUAGCUUAUCUUCUCACGAGUUUCCGCUUCUCUCCGGGCCUGAAAUACCAGAGGCCGGUAAAGCUUAACAUCAAAAUUCCUGUUCUCACUCCUGAGGGUGGUUUGUGGUUGAAGUUGGAAAAGCUUCAAAAGGCUUAG